AUGCUGAUCCUCGCUCGCCGCGCGGCCGUGUCUGCCUGCCUGCUCGCGGCUGCACACUGGCGCCCGCCUCUGCCGGCGCUGGCGCGUCCCGACAAGGACGGCAUCUUCAGCGACUGCAGCGGCUUUUGUGUGAGCAGCCAGGACGACAGGCCGGCGGUGUGGGACAACCCGUGGGUGGCGGAGCAGGCGCUGCCGAGCGCGAUGGAGCGGCUGCGCCGCGUGAUCGAGCUCAAGCUGCAGGGCAAGGUCGUCGAGCAGGACGAGCGGUACCUCCGCGCCGAGUUUGCCAGCCGAGGGCCGCUGGGCGACGCGGUUGACGACGCCGAGUUCUUCUUCACGCCGGACGACGUGCUCGUGGAGGUGCUGCGCAACCGCAGGCGAGCGCUCGUCGUCGUCGAGUCGCCCUUUGACAGCUUCGGGCCCGCCACCUACGAGCGCGACGAGCUCGGCUUCACCAACCGCGACCUGGUGCCCGCGGAGGCCAACCAGAAGGAGCUGUACGGCGACCUCGACCCGCUCGCGGCGCCGUGGCGCAAGCCGACCCCGUCGAUGCGCGACGCCAAGGACGGGCUCGGCGAGCUGCUGAGGCGAGAGUCGGACGACCGCGUCCGGAGUCGGUAG